AGCCGCUGGGUUCCCAGAGUGCUCCGCGGCCGUGUGGAGCGAGGCCUUGUUCCCGCGUUGAGCCGCCGCCGCUGCUGCCGCCGCCGCCUCCACCUCCUCAGCUUCAGCAGCCGCGCCAGGCCCGGCCCCGCCGCGCCAUGUCGGACUACAGCACGGGAGGACCCCCGCCCGGGCCGCCGCCGACCGCCGGCGGGGGCGGGGGGUCCGGGGGCGCCGGGGGAGGCCCUCCACAGGGCCCGCCAGGCGCAGGGGACCGAGGCGGCGGUGGCCCGGGCGGAGGGUCGGCCGGCGGCCCUUCGCAGCCCCCAGGCGGGGGCGGCCCGGGAAUUCGCAAGGACGCCUUCGCCGACGCCGUGCAGCGGGCCCGCCAGAUCGCAGCCAAAAUUGGAGGCGAUGCUGCUACAACAGUGAAUAACAGCACUCCUGACUUCGGUUUUGGGGGCCAAAAGAGGCAAUUGGAAGAUGGAGACCAACCGGAGAGCAAGAAACUGGCCUCUCAGGGAGACUCCAUCAGUUCUCAACUUGGACCCAUCCAUCCUCCCCCCAGGACUUCAAUGACAGAGGAGUACAGGGUCCCAGACGGCAUGGUAGGACUAAUCAUUGGCAGAGGAGGUGAACAGAUUAAUAAAAUCCAGCAAGAUUCAGGCUGCAAAGUCCAGAUCUCUCCAGACAGUGGUGGCCUCCCUGAGCGCAGUGUGUCCUUGACAGGAGCCCCAGAAUCUGUCCAGAAAGCAAAGAUGAUGCUGGAUGACAUCGUCUCUCGGGGUCGUGGGGGCCCCCCAGGACAGUUCCAUGACAACUCCAACGGGGGCCAGAAUGGCACAGUGCAGGAGAUUAUGAUCCCCGCGGGGAAGGCUGGCCUUGUCAUCGGGAAAGGCGGGGAGACCAUUAAACAGCUACAGGAACGUGCUGGAGUAAAGAUGAUUUUAAUUCAAGAUGGUUCCCAGAAUACAAAUGUUGACAAGCCCCUUCGGAUCAUUGGAGAUCCUUACAAAGUGCAGCAAGCCUGUGAGAUGGUGAUGGACAUCCUUCGGGAGCGUGACCAGGGCGGCUUUGGGGACCGGAAUGAGUAUGGAUCCCGGAUUGGUGGGGGAAUUGAUGUGCCAGUGCCUAGGCAUUCUGUUGGCGUGGUUAUUGGCCGGAGCGGCGAGAUGAUUAAGAAGAUCCAGAAUGAUGCUGGUGUGCGGAUCCAGUUUAAACAAGAUGAUGGGACAGGUCCUGAGAAGAUAGCUCACAUAAUGGGGCCCCCAGACCGGUGCGAGCAUGCGGCGCGGAUUAUCAAUGACCUCCUCCAGAGCCUUAGGAGUGGUCCCCCAGGUCCUCCAGGGGGUCCUGGCAUGCCCCCAGGGGGCCGUGGCCGAGGAAGGGGCCAAGGCAACUGGGGCCCGCCUGGUGGAGAGAUGACCUUCUCCAUCCCCACUCACAAGUGUGGGCUAGUCAUCGGCCGAGGUGGCGAGAACGUGAAAGCCAUAAACCAGCAGACGGGCGCCUUCGUAGAGAUCUCCCGGCAAUUGCCGCCCAACGGGGACCCCAACUUUAAACUGUUUAUUAUCCGGGGCUCGCCCCAGCAGAUUGAUCACGCCAAGCAGCUCAUCGAGGAGAAGAUUGAGGGUCCCCUCUGUCCAGUUGGACCAGGCCCAGGAGGACCAGGCCCUGCCGGCCCCAUGGGACCCUUCAAUCCUGGGCCCUUCAAUCAGGGGCCACCAGGGGCUCCCCCUCAUGCUGGGGGUCCCCCUCCUCACCAGUACCCACCCCAGGGCUGGGGCAAUACCUACCCCCAGUGGCAACCACCUGCUCCUCAUGACCCGAAUAAAGCCGCUGCAGCCGCCGCAGACCCCAACGCAGCCUGGGCUGCCUACUACUCACACUACUACCAGCAGCCCCCAGGCCCCGUGCCCGGCCCCGCACCUGCACCCGCAGCUCCACCUGCCCAGGGCGAGCCCCCUCAGCCCCCACCUGCUGGCCAGUCAGACUACACUAAGGCCUGGGAAGAGUAUUACAAAAAGAUCGGCCAGCAGCCCCAGCAGCCUGGAGCUCCACCACAGCAGGACUACACAAAGGCCUGGGAGGAGUACUACAAGAAGCAAGCUCAAGUGGCCACUGGAGGGGGUCCAGGAGCUCCCCCAGGCUCCCAGCCGGACUAUAGUGCCGCCUGGGCUGAAUACUACCGACAGCAAGCCGCUUACUACGGACAGACCCCAGGUCCUGGUGGCCCCCAGCCUCCACCCACACAACAGGGACAGCAGCAGGCAAGUGGGAAUUGCCACCCUCCUCCUCCUCCUUUUUCCUUCCAACCCCCAGCCACCGUCCAUCCUGCCUUAGUGGGUAGCGCCGGAAAUCCCUUCCCCUGCGGGGUGUGUCCUUGAUGCCUGCAGCGGGGGCCGUGUGGCUGGAGGUCUCCGGGAGUCCCCAUGAGCCAGGGGAAGUGUGCGCUGGGUCCAGAGGUUAAAGAAGAGGCCUCCCUCCGCCGGCUCGCUUGUUCCUGUGUAAUGCUGUCGUGAUGCUGGGGGCGAGUGCGAGACAGAUAAAAGGUGGAACUGUUGAACUGGUGGGUAGUCCUGGGGGUGGGGGCAGCCCGGGCACUGCACUUUGGUCACCAUCCUGGCUGCUAACUCAAAAUCUGGCCACUUGGGAAGAAAAUGGAUAUUUUUUCCCCUCUGCAUUACUUUUUUGGCUUUUGUUCUUUUUGUUUUUAAACCCAUGGUCUUCUCCCCGACGGUGUCCAAGUGACUGUUUGCAGGCAGCCCCAGUGUGGGGUGGCCCUGGCUCCAGCGGGGAUGCAGGAAACCUGCGAAGGGGCUCGGCCCCUUGGGCUCAGCCUCUGCUGUCACGCCCGUGUCUGUGUCCCGGUCUUGUCUGUGAAGUGGGCAUGAUGAUCGCUGCCACGUUCCAACCUACCUCACAGGGGUGUUGUGGGGACACCGUGAUCUCAGAUUGUUCAUGUUGUGAUGCGCCGGGAGCCACCCACCACCUUCUCCCUUGCAGACCCUGACUUCGCUUCUCUUUCUCCCGCGGCCCCUGCUUCUCUCCUUCUUGCCUUUGUGUCGCUCUUUCUCCUCCUCCAUCAAGGAGCCAGUCUGACUUCAGCUGAGUCCCUGGAGCACUUGACUAGACAGUUACAGACACAUCCUGCUAGCCAUUGGCGUGGGAGAGGGGCUUCCUGGCCCCCUCCUUACUAUCCCCCAGUCUUCCGCCUCUGCCUCCCCCUCCCCGUAGUGACCAAUUCCUAUCUCUUCCCUCUCCGCAGGCUCAAUGAAUCGAAUGAAUGUGAACUUCUUCAUCUGUGAAAAUUCUUUUAUUAUUUGUUCUGUUUGGGGCUUAUUUUCUGGUUUUUUCUUUUUUUCUUUUUUCCUCCAUUUGUUAGGCGAGAGAGCGAUGGCUGACAUGGGGGUGGGGUGCAGGGGAGCCCUCUCUGAGUGGCUUGGAGGUCAUGCCUGGCUCUCACUCUCUCGCCCAUUCUGUGUCUCACAUCCUUUCUUUUUCUUUCAAAACUGGGAUCCUUCAUGUUGAGCCAGCCAUAGAAGAUAGCGAGAAUUAAAUCUCUGCCAAAAAAAAAAAUUUUUUUUAAUAAGAAACACAAUAAGUGAAACAAAACCUAUAAAAUUAUAUAUAUAUAUAAAAAUCUCUAUAUCCCACCCCCCCAGUCUUCCCUAAAACUGCUUCUUUCAAGGAAAACUUAUUUUCUCCCUGCCACCCUUGGCCCUCUUCAUGUUUUUAAAAUAAACUUUUAAAAAGGAAAAAAAGUCACUCUUGCUUUUUUUUUUUUUUUUUUUUUAGUUAGAGUUGGAACAUUCCUUGGACCAGGUGUUGAUAUUGCAGGGAACCCCCCCCACACACAUAUACCCUGCCCUAUCUCAGUCAAGCCCCUCAGCCUCUCUGCUCCUCUCGCUCUUCCUUCUGCCCUAGCUUGCUUCUCGCAGCCCUCCCCUCCCGCGUCCCUUCUCCCAGGACUGGUCUGUCAUGUUUCAUCUGUUCAAGAGGACAUUGAAAAUGAAAACAAAUUGAGAACAAAACAAAAAAAAAAUUGUAUGGCAGUUUUUACUUUUUAUCGCUCGUUUUUAACUUCACAAAUAAAUGAUAACAAAACCUCCCCAUGUCUGCUGGGUGCCGUCUCUCUUUCUCUGUUCCCACCUGCCCCCAUAGAAUUUUGAAGCAGAUGUUUGUUCUUUAUAGAUGUUGUAAACCCUGAUAACGGUGAUUGGAAAUUACAAGCUUUGUGUUGUGUUUUUUGUUUUUUUUUUUUGUUUUU